AUCUAUCACUCUAUAUAGAGAGCCCUCAGUGCACUCCUCACUCAUAUCCCCCUGCCUAGCUGCCAUAGCUAGCUCUCAAAUCUCCUUUCCUCCGGCUUCAAUUCCUCUCUAAACUUGGUUGCUUCUCCUUUGGCCCCAAGGAAGAAGCUUGCUAGCUAGCAGCAAUGGCGGACGUGGAGGCUCGUCGGGUGUGCGGCAUGCCGGAGAAGAUGCAGCUCCAUGUGGCCAUGCUAUCGCUGCAGUUCGGCUACGCCGGGUUCCAUGUGGUGUCCCGGCUGGCCCUCAACAUGGGCAUCAGCAAGCUCGUCUUCCCCGUCUACCGCAACAUCAUCGCCCUCAUCCUCCUCGUCCCCUUCGCCUACUUCCUCGAGAAGAAGGACAGGCCGCAGCUCACUCUCAACUUCGUCAUCCAGUUCUUCUUCCUCGCGCUAUGCGGAAUAACGGCGAACCAAGGUUUCUACCUUCUGGGGCUGGACAACACGUCGCCCACGUUCGCCUCCGCCAUCCAGAACUCCGUCCCGGCCAUCACCUUCGCCAUGGCCGCCGCCCUCCGGAUCGAGAAGGUCCGGCUGGACCGGCGCGACGGCGUGGCGAAGGUGGUGGGCACGCUAGCGUGCGUGGCGGGCGCGUCGGUGAUCACGCUCUACAAGGGGCCCACCAUCUUCGGGCCCGGUGGCGGCGACAAGCUGAUGAGCAUGGGCAGGCCGGAGGUGUCGUGGACGGCGGCACUAGCGGGAGAGGGCAAGAACUGGACGCUGGGGUGCGUGUACCUCAUCGGGCACUGCCUUUCCUGGUCCGGAUGGCUUGUGUUGCAGGCGCCCGUGCUCAAGAAGUACCCGGCGCGGCUCUCCGUCACCUCCUACACCUGCUUCUUCGGCGUCAUCCAGUUCCUCGUCAUCGCCGCCUUCCUCGAGAGGGACGCCGAAGCCUGGGUCUUCCACUCCGGCUCCGAGAUCUUCACUAUCCUCUACGCCGGUUUCAUCGCGUCUGGAGUGGCAUUCGCCGUGCAGAUAUGGUGCAUCGACCGCGGGGGCCCGGUGUUCGUGGCCGUGUACCAGCCUGUGCAGACGCUCGUCGUCGCCAUCAUGGCCUCCCUCACCCUAGGCGAGAAGUUCUACCUCGGAGGGAUCAUUGGCGCCGCGCUGAUCAUCACUGGGCUAUACCUGGUUCUGUGGGGGAAGAGCGAGGAGAGGGCGAGGAUGGGCAAGGAGGCGGCGCUCAUGGCGGCGACAGCUUCGAAUUCCUCCGGCGGUGACCACGUCGCCCGGAGCACCAAGGCCUCCUCCAUCACCCAGCCCCUGCUGCCUUCCUCCACCUCAUCCGACAACGUCUGAUCUAUCGCUACCGUAUCUAGCUAGCACUACUUCACUUCUGAACGAUGGAUCAAGAGUGUUAAUGUUAAUUUUUCCUUGUUUUUUCAUCACGGCGUCGCCAGCGAGCUACUAUAUGUAUUCGCAUGGACGGAUGGUGUGUUAAUUACGUGGUGAGCGAGCAGCUGAAAGUACUACGGAUUUGAUUAAAACUAGCUAGGAUUUGUUUGGAUCGUGCGUGCGUGUGCUGAAUUAUGUUAUGUACGACGUUUUAUCGUCAUGAUUUGGUAGGGUUUUCUAGCUUGCUGUGUGAUUUGAACAAGGCUUGUUAGUUAGAUCUGGACGCAUUUGAGUUGUAAUUGCCUGCAUGCCUAAGUAUUACUACAGUGUGUACCUGGGUUUAAUUGUUCAUUUUGCCUUAA